AGCUCUAUAUAUUUGGUGUUUUUCUUUGUUCUUCCACCUUGAAUUUAUCAUUUCUUCCUCUUCUUUCUUCAAACAAAAAAAUUCCAUCCAAAAUGGCCAAUUGCAUUGAUGUUGCUUCUGAACAACUUUGCUAUAUCCCUUGCAACUUUUGCAAUAUUGUUCUUGUGGUGAGUGUUCCAUGCAGCAGCCUAUUUGAUAUUGUGACUGUACGUUGUGGUCACUGCACAAAUUUGUGGUCCGUUAAUAUGGCAGCAGCUGCAUUUCAGUCCUCUCCUUCUUCCCCUUCCUGGCAAAAUCAUCACGUUCAGGUUCCAAACUACACUGCUCCUGAGUACAGGAUGGAUUUUGGUUCAUCAACCAAAUGCAACAUGAACAAGAUGUCAAUGAGAACACCAAUCACAAACAACGUUCAUGAGGAGAGAAUUGUCAAUCGACCUCCCGAGAAGAGGCAGAGAGUACCUUCUGCAUAUAAUCAGUUCAUAAAAGAAGAGAUUCAGAGGAUCAAGGCUAAUAAUCCAGAUAUCAGUCACAGGGAAGCAUUUAGUACUGCUGCCAAAAAUUGGGCACACUUCCCUCACAUUCACUUUGGACUCAUGUUGGAGAGCAACAAUCAAGCCAAACUUGCUUGUGGAAGCAGAAAAUUAUAAGCUACUUUGCUAGACAAAUAAAUGAUCUUCAUUUUAUGAAGUUGUGUGUUGAAAUUGAAGACAAGAGUGUGACAUCAAGAUGUUCUAUGGAGUGUGGACAUAAACUAUAUAUUAUAAUUAAGUCUUUUUCGAAUUAAUUCGUUGUAUUUCAACUAAUAUAUGGUUGAAAAAAAACUAAGUUUCUUUAAUUAUUAUUGUUUUCCUCUAUUUAUUACCUUUCUCUAAUGAAAGAAAUAUUUAGAGAUGUUUCUCCAU